CCCCUCUCCAAAUCCCAGGCAGGCAGCCAACCAGCCAUGGAGUGCGAGCCGGAGGAGCUGCAGUUCCUGGGCGUCGUCGGCAUCUACGGCUUCUCCGCGGAGAUCCUCCGAGGCCCGCACCGCUCGCUCUUCGCGCGCAUCGCGACCGCCUUCGCGCUGCCCCUCUCCGCGCUCUUCCUCCUGCACGUUGCCAUCUCCCAUGUGCUCUUCACCCACAUCGACUUCGACGACACGACCCUGGACGCAUCCUCCCCGGGCACCGACACGCAGCGCCGCCUGCUGUCCCGCCUCGCCUCCUACUGGCUCGCCCUGCUCCUCUUCAAGUCCGCUUACCUCCUCGCGCUCCUCCUGCUCUCGCUCCUCUCCGUCGUCGCCUCCGUCUACUCCGCCAAGCGCAACACACUCACCUUCCUACGCAUGCUCUCCGUCGUGCCUCGCGUCUGGUGGAGGCUCGCCGCCAUGUUCCUCGCCGCCUUCGCGCUCCUCUUCGCCUACCACUCCUUCGUCGUGCUCGUCUUCGUCGGCCUCCUCGUUGCCAUGGACAACGGCUCUAGCCUCGCGGGCCUGCUCCCCUUCCUUGUCGUCGUCGCCUACCUGCUCGGCCUCGUCUACCUCGGCAGAAGAAAGGGUAAACCAAAAUCAAAAUCAAAACCAAAGGAUACAUGUUCAUGGUUUGAUGGCGGCAGAAAAGCCAUGAUCCAACUAGCUGGAGAACUUUUCUAG